AUGUUCGGAUGGCUGCGUGAUGCACUUGCCAGUGCUCCAACUUCUUUUAAUAAUCGUCAGCUUCCAACACCUUCAGUCUUUCGUCAGUCGAGUCGAACACGCGAACGUAUCUCAUCAUCGGAAGACGAUGAUAACAAUCAAUCUGUUGAUCAUUCAUUCUAUCACAAUCCGUAUCAUUCGAGUGGACAAAUGAACUACGCGGAAAUCCCUCAUCAACAAUACACCAAUGAACACACUUAUCCAACAUAUCUCGCUCGACAACAAACGUUUGAUCAAUCGAAUCGAACACUCGACGAUCAGAUUCAAGCCAAAUUGAUAUCAUUACAACAACGUCCGCAACAAGUGCAAUGUUAUGCUCACCGGCAAAACAAUUAUGCAUAUAGAAAUCGAACGAUCUCCACAUCAACACCUCAUUCUGUACUUGUAUCCAACGGCAAAGAACAACGAUUGAGUAGUAAUGAUGAAGAACGCUCUGAUGAAGAUGACGAUGAGGAUGAUGAAAUCGAUAAAGAUGAGAUUGUUGAUGAAGACGAUGAAAGAUCAUCAGUUACCGAACCUUAUCAUGGAAUUCCCGGUUAUUAUUCUGGUCAAUAUUCUCAUAUAGAUGAACAAUUUGAUUUUGCAUCCGUUGUCCUAUGUCCAAAUAAUCAGAAUUAUAUUCACGAUGAAAACAAUGAAUACAAUACUCAUCAUUAUUCGUUAAGUAGUCAAACGCCGAUCUCGUCGAGGAAAAUCAUUGAAAAGAAUCUUCUGUUCAAUCACGAAACUAAUCAUUCCAAUGUAUCUCAAUCAUCAUCCAAAGUCAAAUGGAUCGGUGCUGUACGGACAGUCACUCAAUUAAAUCAAUUUCAACGAUAUUACUCAACAACAACAAUAUCUGAUGCUGAAGACAUUUCUUCCGAUAACGAACGUCUAGAAUGGGAUGAAUCUGAUUUCGAUCGACACUUGCCAGAAUCAGAUGCAAUGUCAGCCUAUGAUAUCAAUGAAAUGGCUGAAAUCUUGCGUCAUCAUUUUCUGGAAUUCGAUAUGACAUCGCAAGCAGGUACCGUAUCACAUCUUUCUCGUCAAUCGACAAUUACGGAUGCGAACAUCAAUCCAACGAAUCAAAUACCAAUUUUGAAUAGAAGAACAAGACAUAUGUUCUGUCGAAGUCAAUCCGAAUGUCUUCCGAUGAAUUUAUCACGAAAAUCUUUCAAUCCAAGAUCAAAACAUUUGUCUCUGUUAGAUGUUCAUUCACCUUCGAACUUGAAAUUAUUCAAUGAACGUGUAAUAACAAAAGCGAAGCAUCGUCGUUCAUUCUGUUCAAUUCCACAUUUGAUGGAGAUUGAAUAUGAACCUCAAGUAUUUCACACAUCGACAACAUUGUACUUUAUGCGUUUAUCAAAAUUGGCAAAAAUUCGUUUAUAUUUCGAAACUUUCCAAGACAAAAUCUGCUCAUUCAUUUGUCAACAAUUCCAUUCAAUGCAAAUAUCUAUUCCUACUAAAGAUAUCAUCGAUACGUAUGACAUUAUCGACGAAUAG